AUGAAGGCCCUGAUCCUGGUGGGCGGCUAUGGGACGCGCCUUCGGCCCCUCACAAUCACGCAGCCCAAGCCUCUCGUCCAGUUUGCCAACAAACCGAUGAUGCUCCAUCAGAUGGAAGCCCUGGCGAAAGUUGGAGUAACGACAUUAGUGCUAGCCGUCAGUUAUCGCGCCGAAGACCUGGAACGCGAGAUACGAUGCCACGCCGAACGCCUAGGGAUGCGCAUCCAUUUCUCGCUGGAAGAAGAGCCGCUUGGAACGGCCGGCCCAUUGGCGCUCGCUAGGCAAGUGUAUCUCGCGAUGAUCGAUUUUCAUAAGCAGCACGGGUGCGAGGGGACAAUUGCCGUCACGAAGGUGGAAGAGCCUUCGAAGUACGGCGUUGUUGUCUUUGACGAGCAAACUGGACAGAUUGGAGAUUUUGUAGAGAAGCCUCAAGAGUACGUCGGCAACAAAAUUAACGCGGGUCUCUACGUCUUCAGCCCGGCGAUCCUGAAUAGAAUUGCGCUGAAGCCGACUAGUAUCGAAAAAGAGAUUUUCCCGAAAAUGGCGUCCGAUCACAAUCUCUACGCGUUCGUCCUUCCCGGGUUCUGGAUGGACGUGGGCCAGCCCAAGGAUUUUCUGACUGGGACCACACUCUUCUUGAAACAUAAGCGCGAGACGAACCAAGAAGAGUUAGCCCACGGCGAUCAUAUUCAGGGCAAUGUGCUCGUCGACGCGAGCGCCACCAUUGGCACCAAUUGCAAAAUCGGUCCCAACGUGGUGAUCGGCCCCAACGUUCGGGUCGAAGACGGCGUGUGCCUACGGCAGUGCACAAUUCUUUCCGAUUCUGUUGUGAAGAGCCAUUCCUGGGUGAACAAGAGCAUCGUGGGUCGGAAGUGCUCAAUAGGUCGAUGGGUUCGCAUUGAAAACAACAGCGUGCUGGGUGAUGAUGUCGUCGUCAACGAUGAAUUGUACCUAAAUGGCGCACAAGUCCUGCCUCACAAGUCCAUUUCCGUUAACGUACCCGAGCCUGAUAUUAUUAUG